AUGGAACAUAAAAUUAUCUGUAGAAUCUGCAAUUUGCCAAUAAAGAUUGAUUUUCUUAAAUUACACAACGAAACUUGCAAAACUCGUGCUGAGUAUAGAAGAAAGGAAAUCAAAUUGAAUUUACAAGUUGCCAAAGUUUGUGAAAAUGCUUAUAAAAAAAAGCACUAAAUUCAUUCAAGGGGUUAAAAAUAGUAUUGAAUUUCUAUCUAAAAUAGUCUUAAUAGUCUUCGAUUGAAAUGGGAUUAGAUGUCACCUGAAUAUACAUAGGAAAUUUAUUAAGAAUAUAAAAUACUUCAAGUCUUAAUUUCUUAUGGUGAAAGAACAUUAAAUUCAGAGGUAGAUGCUAAAUGUAUUUUAAUAUAUAUUUAUAUUAGAUCAUCUUAUAUCUCAAAAUGAAUUCAUGUAAGCCUAACAAAUUAUAAGAAACCCUUAGAUUUUGAAUUUGAUAGAGCAAAUGAAUAGUCUGAUAAAUUAGAGAUUAGACUUAUGCUAUAAAAGUAUUAAAUUUUGUAAUCCUAGCAAAAUUUCAAAGCAUUCCCAGCAUUUCCUUUAGAUUAAGCAAGUUCAGUAAAGACAGUCCUAAAUCUAAUAGUGAAACUCAUAAUAAAAUGAACUCAUUUUCUGAUUAUUUGAAUUCUUCAAAGUAUAAAUUAUGACAUAAGUCAAGUUUUUCAGAAGAUACACAAUCAGAUAGAAAAAGUAUUUCUAGACCAGAUACUCCAGUCAAAUCAAAUUCUAUAAUCAAUAAUCUAAGAAAAAGAGGUAAAUUGUUAGAAUGGCCAAAGAGAUAGUCUACAUUUUCAUCAGAAGGUGAUUAAAUAUCAGAAAAACCAAAACUUAAACAAGAAAUAUAAAAGAAAAGUUAUUUUGCUAAAAGUGGAAGUUCAGAUAGUGAAACAGAUGAUAUUAUAGAUACUAUUGUAGUAGUAAAUAAAUCAACAUAAAGAGAGGAUGAUUCAAAUUUUGAAUCUGCUUGUUUUAUGGAAUUAUAAAGAGGAUACUUCUCUGAUACUGAAAUAAUUAGAUUAGAUGUUAAGAAUAAGAUAAAAGAAAGAAAUAUAGGUUUAAAAGACUUUAAUUUCAUAAGAUAAAUAGGAUAAGGUGCAUAUGGUAGUGUAUUUUUAGUAAAAAGAAUUAUAACAGGAGACUUAUAUGCAAUGAAAAUAAUUAAUUGUUGUAAUAAAAGAUUUGAAAGAUUGUUGGAAUAACUUAAAUAAGAGAGAAAUAUAUUUGAAAUUUUAACAGGUGAUUAUGUAGUCAAAGCUUAUUACUCUUUUUAACAUGAAUCAUCUUUAUGUUUUGCUUAAGAAUAUAUGAUUGGAGGAGAUUUCUCUAAAAUUCUCAUCAAUGAAGGAGUAAAUUAUUAAAUUUAUUCUAGGCUUUUGAUGAGAACAUUGCUAGACAUUAUUUUUCUGAAAUACUUAUAGCUUUAGAAUAUUUACAUAAUAAUAAUAUAAUACAUAGAGAUUUAAAACCAGAAAAUAUAUUGUUAGAUUAAUAAGGACAUAUUAAAUUAGCUGACUUUGGUCUUAGUGAAUUAGGAAUCAAUAAAAAAAUGAUUAAGUAAUGUAGUCAAUAGAGUUUUUCAUAAAGUGAUUUAUCUCCUUCACCAAUAUAUCAAAUGAAAAAGGGAAGAUCAUUUAAAAAGUCAAAUAUAAUUCCAGAGAAUGCUGAUAGAAGAAUAAUUGGAACUCCAGAUUAUAUUGCUCCUGAAAUUAUAAGUGGUUAAUCAUUUUCACAUAAAUCUUAAGAUUUUUGGUCACUUGGAAUUAUUUUAUAUGAAUUUCUAGUUGGUAUUCCUCCUUUUAAUGAUGAAUCUGUUGAAAAGAUUUAUCAAAAUAUAUUAAAAGGAGAUAUUGAAUGGCCUGAAAUUGGUAAUGAUCCAGAAGAAUAAAUAUCAUACUAAGCUUAUGAUUUGUUAAAAUAAUUAUUAAAUCCAGAUUUUACAUAAAGAUUAGGAUAUGUAUCAAUUGAUGAAAUAAAAAAUCAUCCAUUUUUAGCAUCAAUUAAUUGGGAAUAAUUGAGAAAUACUCCUGGUCCAAUAAUUCCUAAGAUUAAUUAGAAUUUUUAAACUUUUGAGAAUGUAACAGAAAAAGUUUAAAAGUUUUUAAAAAAAGGAGAAAGAAAAUAAAUAUAAAUUAUAAAUAAACUAUAAGAUGAAUUAGAAUAUUUAGAAAGAAUUGAUUUACUAGUGGCAAAGAAUGAAAAUGAAGCUUAAUUGAUUUAAUAAUAAUUAUAAUUAUUUUAAUGA